GCGAACAUCCUUGACAGAGUGGAAACAGCUGAUCGAUCUGUAUACUUGUCAAAAAGGUGUUUUGUUUUGUACAAUGGUAGCCGUAACCACAAAAACUUGAUAUUUGCCAAAACCCCAAUUGUUGCAACUCGAAUAAAAUUGUGUGAUGUAAUAAAAAGCUCGACAAUGUUGUGUUGCGUUGCCGCUUUGGUGGUAUUAUCGGCAGUAACGAAAGGGGAGGAUUUCCUGAGCGUUCCUCAAGACCCCCUCAAAUGUCCCGAUUUCGGCGAAAUCUCGAAUGGUUUUACAAACACAACACAGGAAGAACCUCAAAUCGUCACGGUGGAGUGUUACAAGGGCUAUUAUCUUGAAGGGUUUGCAAAUUUUUAUUGCAAAGAUGGUAAAUGGGACCAUGAGCAGCGCCCCAAAUGUAACAAGCUGUGUUAUCCGCCCCCGUCCAUCGAAAAGGGGUCUUUGAUAAUGGAGGACCUGCAUCAGGAUGGGAUGUAUCGUAAAGGGGCCCUAGCCACCUACUCGUGUUGGGACGGCUUCCAACUAACACCAAAAGAGAGCAAAUACAGGGUCUGUGAGAAGGGGAUUUGGACGGGGGCGAACGCCACGUGCGAACCAGUCAGUUGUCCGCAACCCAAAGAAGUGGCAAAUGGGUACUUUGUGCAGGAAAAAGGGGGCGAAUUUGAAAUGAAUCAAGUGGGACAAAGGCUGCAUUUUAGCUGCAAUUCUGGGUACGUUUUGGUCGGAACCACCGUGCAACAGUGUCUCGACGAUGGGACGUGGUCGCCGAAAAUACCACCCGUUUGUUCACUACAAACUGCAGAGGACCCGACCGAUCUUCCUUGCCCCGCCGCCCCCACGGUCCUCCACAGCACCACCACCGUGAUCCAAGGCUACCAGUCCAAAUCUCUAGCCUUGGCGGGAACCGUCAUCCAAAUCCACUGCAUCCACAAGUAUAAAAACGCGCGAGCCCCAUGCCAGCCUGGAAAAUUACGUUGCAUGGGAGGCCGAUGGGUCGGAGUGAAACCCAUCUGUGUCCAGGCCCACGGCUGCGAUCCACCCCCUGGGGUGUUAUACGCCGAUAUUUACAACCUGAGCCAGGAACUGCACGAUGUAGCUUUCACGAGCAAAUAUCCGAUCAAAUCGCAAAUUACGUAUCAGUGUCUGCCGGGGUACACUCUGCAAGGAAAUGAGGUGUUUUCUUGUGCGCAGGGGGGCUGCUGGCUUCCGGCCGAGCCGCCCACUUGUUACCGCACCCCCACGAAUAAUUAUUUCCUGGAAGUGAAUAGUGUUAACGCAGUUUUGAUUUCGGGGGCGACAGGGGCUGGGGUUUUGGGUUUGUUGCUUGUGAUUUGCUUGAUCACGGUCUGCCGACGCAGGAAGCCUUUGAGUAGGGCUGUGCCUAUUGCGCCUCCGGUGACUAGGCCGGAUUUGGGCGAUCAUGCGACGCUGCUGCACCAUCCUGAUCGUUUGGCUUUGAUCCCGUUCGCUGAUGGAAUGCAGAACGAACAGGCUUGUUUGCCCAGUUAUGACGAGGCGACGCGCGAUCGCGCCCCGAACCCAACGUCCAACAGGUUGCACCGCCCCCAUUGGCCGAAUCUGGGAGGUCGUAGGUCCCGAACAGCGUCGACAAAUCCUGGGGAUGUAGUUCACGUCACCCGUCACGGUUCCUUCGCCUCGCACUCGCCUAGCAUGGGCUCCACGGACACGGUGGCCGUUUCCGAGGGCUCCACCAAUGUCACGCUAGACACUGUCUCCUCGUACAGCGGCUCCCAGCCGGCUUCUUGCAGAGUCCACUGCGGCAGCUUGGCCUCUUUCGACACCAGCUCGGUCGUCAAUACCGAAGGUGUGCCGUUAUUAGAAGAGAGCGAAUUCGAGGAGAUCCAAGGGGGAGAUAAUUUAUCGGCGGUCGUCGACAAUCCCUCGAUUUCGGACAACGCGUCCUUUAAAUUGUCCGCCAAUUCGGCCGACUUGGUCUAGAUUUUCCCCAGACAACUUUAGGUACCUGGAGCGUAUUGUUGUUUUAUCCAAAUGUAGGAAGAGUUAUUUUCGUACUGUAUAUAAUGAAAGACCAAAGUUAUUGUAAGCUUAUUAUGAUGAUUUGAUACUUACGCUCGAAAUAUGGAUUGUUACAAGUGUAAGUGUUGUGAUAUUACUUUAGUUUGAUUUUGUAAAACGUAUCAAAUAAAAAUGAUUUAAACCGA